GCCGAGUGGCCCCGGCCGCGAGCUCCCGUGAGCUCCUGGCCUCGGAGCUGGCGGAGGCGCAGUCGGCGCUGGCGGCACUCCGGGCCCGGCUGCGCGGGACCAAAGAGGCAACGGCGGAGCUCCGACGCCGCUGUGCCACCGAGGAGGCCGAGGGUCCUCGGCGCCUCCGAAGUGCCGAAGAAAAAGCGGCGGAGCAUUGCCAAACCAACCACGAGCUGCGGCAGCUGCAGCACGCCCUGCUGCAGGUGGGUCGGCGACACCAGACGGUUCGGGAGACAUCUGCAAGCAAUCUCUACGCACAAUGGCGGGCUGCCCUCCAUGCUCACGUACGUGCCGGAGGUUUGCUUGACGUGGAGGACUUCCCGUUUGCGACCUUCCUCAAACAGGCGGAAAGAG